AUGACCACUCCCACUAUCAUCAACUUGCCACCUUCCCCAUCGGAUCCACCUACUCCGUCCGAUAUGGGACCUCCCAACUCCGGCACUGCAUCACUGUCCGCUCUAUCGACAACGGCCAUCAAGGACGGCCACCAGGGCCAACCGUUCCCACACGACCGCAUCUCUCGAUUAGCUGGCCUAGGAUGCAUCACCACAACCCGCGCAGGCCAACAGGCAUCCUCCAGCAAAAUACUCCCGCCGUACGCGCCUGCAUACUUUGAGACCCACGCUGCGCUUAAUGAGUGCAGCACUGUGGGUAGUGGCAGCGCAACUGGCAGUAUCGCCGGCCGUAUGACCUGGGCGAGCGACAGCGAUUCAUACGACGCUGGCGGAAUCAGCGAGGACCACGACCAAGGAAACGGGACCUCGAGCGUCGGCAGUGAUGAAGGCAAUGAGAACCAGGUUAGAUUCGGCGAAUGCGCCAACAGUACCAGUAGCGGGCCGAUUUCUCGCCCGCCUGGAUUGAAGCGAGUGUCCUCUAGGCGUCUUGGAGCGGGGCAUAACUCCAAGGGUAGCUCGAAUGUUAAUCGGUCUACUGCUCUCGCUUCCUAUCUUCAGGAGCAACAGUACCAUGCGGGGGAGAGUUCGAUGACGUCACUUUCACCGACGCCUGGUUCGCGUGCCCCCGAGCCUCUGAAUCGGAAUACUCACACGCCCGACGGCAUGUCUUUUGAUUCUGAUCUACUCGAUACCACGGCAAGAUCCACGCCAUUGGCUAAAUCCUUGGGUCGCAGCAGGAAUGGGUUUGGUUCGCAACAGUCUGGUUAA